CAUGAUAAUAUUUACGACCAUCCCGGUAGCACCUGACUGAGAACAGCUGACGGUUCACUCUUCCAGCAGUUGGGUCAUGGAGAAGUUGUCCGUGGUUGUCGUCUUGUCGGUCCUUGUAGCAGUUUAUGCUGACACCCCAGCUAACUGUACAUAUGAAGAUGUGAAAGGGACAUGGAUAUUUAACGUUGGACAGAGAGAUGGGGAUCGCACGUUAAACUGCUCCACUUUUUCAUCUGGUGAGGAGACCCUAGAAGUGACCUUGUACUUCCCUGACCUAGCUGUGGACCAGUAUGGGAAUGAAGGAUUCUGGACUCUCAUUUAUAACCAGGGCUUUGAGUUUGUCAUUGCUGGAAGAAAAUAUUUUGUUUUCUCGAAGUAUGAAUCCUCUGGAAAGCACGUCACCAGCAUCUGUGAUCAGACAAUGCCAGGAUGGUCACAUGACAUAUUUGACAGAGAGUGGUCAUGCAUAAUCGGGAAGAAAGGCAACCCUGUCCCACGCAAGACCUAUGUGGAUCCUCUUGCAACACGUGACCUGACGCAGAUGUACAGGAAUGACCAUGACUUCAUCAACAAGAUCAACAGUAUGCAGUCGUCAUGGAAGGCCAGGGCUUACAAGGAUCAGGAACAAUAUACUGUAGGGGAGAUGCUGAAAAGAGCAGGAGGCCGUGGUUCAAGGAUUCUCUCGAGACCCCGUCCUGCCCCGGUGACAGAUGCUGUAGCUAGGGUGGCGCGUCAACUGCCGGAGUCUUUUGACUGGCGCAAUGUCGACGGCAGCAACUAUGUGUCUCCCAUCAGAAACCAGGCUGCCUGUGGAAGUUGCUAUGCGUUUGCCUCCAUGGCGAUGAAUGAAGCUCGUGUGAAUAUCAUGACCAACAACACCGUGGCGCCAGUGUUCUCACCCCAGGACAUCGUGGAGUGCAGCGAGUACUCACAAGGGUGUGAAGGGGGCUUCCCCUACCUGAUUGGGGGCAAGUACGCGGAGGACUUCGGGCUGGUGGAGGAGGCGUGCAACCCAUACAAGGGCAAGGACGGACCUUGUUCCACAGUCGCCAGCUGCGGCCGUCGCUACUCCACGCGUUAUGAGUAUAUCGGGGGAUACUAUGGAGCAUGCAACGAGGAACUGAUGAAGAUAGCCCUGGUGAAAAACGGACCUGUCGCUGUCGGGUUUGAAGUGUACAAAGACUUCAUGAGCUACAAGGGCGGCAUCUACCAUUUCACUGGACUGACAGGGUCAUUUAACCCCUUUGAGAUUACCAACCACGCUGUACUGGUCGUAGGGUAUGGAGCCGAUAGCGACAGCGGAGAGAAGUACUGGACCGUCAAGAAUAGUUGGGGGCCUAAGUGGGGAGAGCAGGGCUUCUUCCGAAUCCGCCGUGGAACUGAUGAGUGUGCCAUUGAAUCACUAGCUGUGCAAUCUUUCCCCAUCAUUUAAUUUCAUUCUCUGCCUCCCCCCCCCCCCCCCCCCCAGUCCUGAUUCAAAUAUUUAAUAUUUUUAUUUUAAUAAUCAUGAUAAUCGUAACAUUGAAUUCUGUGAUAGCUGUCAUCCCUGGAAGAAGAAAUACAACCAAACCUUUCCAUGAUUCAAUUAAUCAAAGCUAUCUCACACCAAAUUUAUGCACUGUUCGGAAUGAUUGAGUUAUAAACAACAAAUGAGUUGGAUAUUUUUUAUUGUUUAUACAUGUCAUGUGAUAGUGUGGCUGGUUUGUCAGACCCCCUUCUUCAGUGCUAUAGAUUAUAGUCUGUUGUACAUAGUGUAUGAAUGCUACAUUGUGACAAGUGACGUCGGACAGUGCCUGCAUAUUUUUCUACAUGUAUAUUUUUAAAAAGUUCUGUAAAAACCCCAUUUUUUCCAAAUAUUACAUAUUUCUAGAAUUUGUCUUGAAAACAUACAUGCAGCUCAUUUAUAAACCCUUAUUUGAAUACUUAGUUUUGGCGCAAGUUGUGCCAUGUAUAUUUGAAAUGAACAUACUUGUAAGUCACCUUGUACCUGUGUACUGGAAUGUCACUGACCUAGGGAGAACUUCAUGAAAAUAAUACACGCUAUUUGGCACUAGAAACUUACUCUUCAUCUGUUAAGGGCAUUAUAGGUUGUAGCAGGAUCACAAGGUAACGUGGGACACAUAAAACCCCAUGUACCCCUUGAGAUCCUGCAACAAUGAAUUUAUCUUACCGACAUGUUUGAAUAUGACACUGUAACAUAAUUUAAACAAAUUCAAAAUUGAUAGAAAACAGUCGUUCAAUUGAGCUUGCGCUAUGUCAUGUGAUUUCCAUAGACUCGGAAAAAGCAUGCAGCUUUUUGCUUUGAAACAGGAUAUAAAGGAUUUAUUUUGCCUUUCAAAAAUGCAUGUGCAGCCUGACUUGCUGAUGGCAGGCAGGGUAUGUGAUUUAUUUCCCCCCUGAGGACAUUAGUCCCCUUCAAGGAGGGAUACAGGGUGAAAAGGAUUCAUUCUGCCUCUCAGAAAUCCAUGCGCAGCCUGUCUUGCUCAUGGUGGGGUAUAAGGUAUUUACUCACCCACUGAGAAUUAUAUUUCUCUCCAAGACGGGAUACACAGAAUUUUAUCAAGAUCAUGUGAACCAAUCAGAUCUCAUCAUUCUGACAUGGAGGUAUGAUAAUGAGCUUUUUCCAGUUUCUUCAGUUAAGCUCUCAGGGAAUGCCAUGUGAUGUCCAUUGUUGCACAGUGUAAAUAAAUGAUACUGAUAAUUUUAUGGACAAACAUCUUGUCAGUAAAUCACCAUGUUCUCUCAAUAUAGGAAUAUAGGUAAGAAGAACUAAAGACAUUUCAGAGUUUAUUUACAGUAUACAUCAGCAAUGUACAUUCCAUCGUUUUUUUAUAAAUUUCAAUAAAAAUUUCUCCAUCAUUCAA